AUGAAACUUCUCCACUUCACAUCACUUCUCCUUAUGCUCAUCGUCUGCACAACAGAAGCCAAAAGAUACGAACGCUGCGAAUUCGCCAGAUAUUUACUAAACCAUGGUUUCAACAAAACCGAAAUAGCAACGUGGAGUUGUCUGGCAGACCACGAAACCAAAUACGACUCCAAAACACACAACAAAGACACCGGAGAGUUUGGGAUACUGCAGAUCAAUUCGAAACACUGGUGCAGCCAAAAGAGUGGAGGAUGCGGUAUCCCGUGCCAAAGUCUUUUGGAGGAUGACAUCGCGACUAGUUUGGAAUGUGCCAAAAUGGUUUUUGAGGACACUGCACGUUACAAGGACAGUGGAUUUGACGCUUGGUACACUUAUAAAUUCUGCAAGGAGAAUCCUAACAGAUAUAUUGUAGGAUGUUUCUAA